CAGGUUCUGAAAGCUCCCAGUUCAACCCCUCAUCAAACGUGUCCUGCUGUCCUGGUUGACUCACAACCACAGAGAUGUGCAAGUUUCCAUGGGUAAUAACAACUUGAUGAAAAAGUCCUUGAUUUUCCCAUUUCUGAUCCGAGGAGGAAAGCCCAUGCCCUUGUAUACAUUUGUAUUGGCCUUUGUGUUCUGUAUCUAUAAUGGCUACUUGCAAAGCAGAUACUUGAGCCAGUAUGCUGUGUAUGCCGACGACUGGGUCACGGAUCCCCGAUUUCUAGUAGGUUUCUGCUUGUGGUUAAUAGGCAUGCUGAUAAACAUCCAUUCAGACCAUAUCCUGAGGAAUCUCCGGAAACCAGGGGAGACUGGAUAUAAGAUACCAAGGGGAGGCUUCUUCGAAUACGUGACGGCAGCCAACUACUUCGGGGAGGUGGUUGAGUGGUGUGGCUACAGCCUGGCCAGCUGGUCCCUCCAAGGCGGGGCCUUCGCGCUCUUCACCUUCUGCAUUUUAUGCACCCGGGCCCAGCAGCAUCACCAGCUCUCUCUGACAUGAGGAACCAGCUCUGCUGCCCAGUGCUGCGUCUGAGGAUCCCAGAGGCGUGCGUGGGCAUCACCGUCCCGGUUUUGCUGGUUUGAAGCUGUCACUGCGUUCCGUGCACAGCGCCUGGUGCUCCGAGAAACCUGCUCGCGUCCAGGUCCUCGGUCCCUGCCCGCUGAGUGCGUUCCGGUGGCUGUAACAGAAACACCAUAGACUGGGGGCUUAGGAGCAGUGGACUUUUAUUCGUCACAGAUCGAGGGGCCAGGAGUCUGAGGUCAGGGGCCAGUGUGGUGGAGCUCCGGUGAAGGCCCCUGGUGGGCGCAGACAGUCCGGUCCCCUCCUGCACUGCCCUCAGCGACGAAAGGCCUGGAUCUCACUCUCGGGGACUCUCUUAUCAGGACAGGAUCCCAUUCCUGAAGGCUCCACCCCCCCAUGACCUAAGCACCUCCCAGAGGCCCCGCCUCCUCACACCGCCACCUCAGGCGUUAGGUUUUUAGCAUAGACAUCUGGGGGGGUUACCCAGGUGGAAAGUAGCACCAGCCUUCAAGAACUUCCUGCGAGCAGAGAGGAGCUGUGUAUGGCAUGCUUGCUGGUCUCCUCCACACUGAUGGCGCGGCAGCCACCUCGGAGAUGAGCACCCCGGUCUCCGGGCGCAUCGCAGUGUGGAAGAGAGAGGCAUCGCGUCAGAAGAGACUCUGGAUCCAGAGGCCCGCGGACCAGCUUCCAAGCAUGUGGCUUCCCCGGGGGCGCAGGACAUCGCGUGCCUUCCCGGGGGCGCAGGACAGCGCUUGGCUUCCCGGAGGCGCGGGACAGCGCGUGCCUUCCCUGGGGGCGCGGGACAGCGCGUGGCUUCCCGGGGGCGCGGGACAGCGCGUGGCUUCCCGGAGGCGCGGGACAGCGCGUGCCUUCCCGGGGGCGCGGGACAGCGUGUGGCUUCCCAGGGGGCGCAGGACAGCACGUUCAAGCACCCGUGGCCGUCUGAUGGGCUGCAGUUCCCAUCCGUCCGCCGACCACGGUGUGAAACGUGGCGGAAACCAGCAGAUUUCGCCGACUCCCUGUCAGGUUGCGGCUGUCACGCAUUUCUGCCAUAUGAGCUCAUAGUUGCUUCUCAUCAUGAUGUUUCGUCUGUUUAUCUGUUGUGCUGACAGAACCUCCUUGUUUUCUGGCUAUUUCUCCAUCUUGCAGGUUAUUUUAAGUGUUCACCCCGUCCCCUUAGAUGCCGCUCUCCCCAACUAGCCACCACCCCAAAAUGAGCGGGGCUGCCUUGAUGUCACGUAUAGCAACCCCGAAAAUGCGUGUUUGUUCUGUGUGCCGGCCCCCCUGCACCUUCCCAGAUUUGUCUGAGAGCCCCCUGGCCCGCAGCUGGGUGCCUGUUCCACAGACCCCGGGGCUGGACCUUAGCUCUCUCCUGGGGACUGAGGACAACCGUUGGGAGUCACCAGAGACAACGUUGGAGACACUCCUCCUGAGUGACUUACAUGGGCUACUUCUUACGAAUCAUGCUUUAGAAUCAAAUAUAUUUAAUCAUUCCACAUAGAGACAAAAUCAAACUACAUCUCUGAAACGCCACAGUUUUUAGUAUUACUCCUAAAAAUCUCCAUAUUCCUGCACAAGAAAAGUGUCCCUUUUGCCAGCAUCCAUUAAAUGUAUAAGCGACAAAAUUAUAUCCUUUUCUUACUGUUCCUUUUUUGUCUUAUUUUAGGUGGUACCUUGAAAAAUUUGAAGAUUAUCCAAAAUUCAGAAAAAUUAUAAUCCCAUUUUUGUUUUAAGUCCACUGUCAAUGGAAUAAUCUUGGACUUGAAGCAUUUCAUGAUUAUAUAAAUGAAUUUUGUCUCUGCCACUUUCCUGCUACUUCAUCUUUUUCAAGAUUUGCUGUAGGAAUUUUUUCCUAUGAAUUUGUAAGCUACCUAAUAACAAACUAAUCAGACUGAAAUGCAGGUUGACGGAUUGGGCUGCAUACCGGGUCACGAAUCUGGAACUCUGGGUCAUUCCAGCUGACCAUAUCUUUGCUUUUGGCAUCUCCUGUUUUGACUGUGUACAGCUAAGUGUGCACAAGACCAGAAUGACAAGCCAUCUCUGGUGGCCUCAGUGGGCUGAACCAUCCCUGCCCUCAUACAACGCAUUCCAGCCAUCAGUCCAAGGCCAAGGCCAUGUUGCUCCCUCCCCUGAUAAAGGCAGGACCGCCUCUCUGGUUCCUCUGGUCCUGCUGGGUCAGAGGCCAGGGGCACCCAUGGUGUGGUCACAGCCCCAGGGAAAUGCCUGGGCUCUUACUGUGGGUGCUGUGGGGCAGAGAACUUGAGGCACAGAAAGGAGACACAGGAGUCAGCUGAGGCCCGGACAAAAGGCAUCUGGCACUUUCUACAGCCUGGCUCCCCAGGUGACUCCAACUGCAGGGCAGGGUGCUGGGUGUGCUCCUAAAGGGUAAACUGCUCUGUCUCCCACUGAAAGGACUUAGAGCCCCCAAGGCAGCAGGGAGCCUCCUUAUGCUGAUUGCCAGAGGCAUUGGUAGUCUCUGGUUCAAGAUGAUUUUUUCUUCCUUCUGGGUAGAACUAGGGUGUUGGAAGGUACUUUUUUUUAAGUACCUUCAGUAUUGCAAAACAAUAUCUUGAAACAGAAUUUCUUACUCUGGAUGCUCUUGAGAGGUCCACGGAGAUAAAUGGCAGUAGUAAAAUUUACUGCCUAUUGCCAGAUAUUUAAAAGCAAUCUCCAACUAGAAGGCUGUUCAAUCUCUGGGCCACUCUGUGAAGCUCUGAUGGAUACAUGGUGGAGGUCCCCUCCUGGCUUGGGACGGCACUCCCUGCAUGGCCACCACCUCCACAGAGUGAGAAACCACAGGAGCGGGGGAAGGAAGGAGCAGACUCUGUUCACUCUGGCCCGCUGACACUGCUCUGUAGGUGGUGCAGGGCGUCCAGAGCACCCAGCCGGCCCCCUGCACCCUCUCCUGGCUGGCCUUCCCAACCAGGGUCGGUGUCCCUCACAAGGUUUUUCGUAGAAACCGUGUUCUCAGGGUUAGUGAUUUUUAGAGUCUCCUGUGGUUUCAGAACUCACCAAAAACUUGUCCGGUGCAGCUAUGCUUCAUUUUAACUGGAAACAGCACGUUUUUUAACAGAAAUCUUGUUAUUGAAUGAACAUUGUUCCUUUUCCUGGCCAUUUUCCAAUUAUGUGAAAACAUGAAGCAAUAAGUAUUCUGGAUCGCCUCAGGAACACUCAAAAUGCCAAGUAUGUCAGGAGAGAUUGAGGCCGCCGUGUUCUGCAGGGUGCACCAGAGGGGAGCAGGAUGCUGGUCUGAGAGCUGGGAAGCUUCUGUGAAUGUUCCUUCUUCAUGUGAGCGGCCCGGGCCACCGGACCUUUGCGUUCACCCAGGCUUUGAUGCGCCCUUACUGGAUUCGCUGGCCCGCACCGGGUGCACGAUUAAUAGGAAAAAUUCCUGUUCUAUCUUGGCUCCCUGCCCUCCCAUUUCCUAAAAACUGUAACUUAGUAAACAGUCAUCAGUUGCUGUGUUAAUUACAAUAAGGAGAUUAAUAAAAUUACAUAAAGUCCA